AUGGCUGAUCAUCAUCGGAUUCCAUAUCAGACUCCACCAUCGAGCCCUUAUAGAUCUCCUCCAUCCAAAAGUCCCGAUGUAUCUCCGUCGAAGGGUGGUCCACCUAGUCCUCCUGCAUCUCAGCGUGCUGAUGCGACGAAUGCGUCGUCUCUUACUCCGCAACGUGCUGAGCAGCUAGAUAUACAACCUCUUCGUUAUGUUUCUCCUACUACGAAGCCUUCUCAGAAGUCUAUGGUCCCCCCAUCUACUGCUCCAGUGAAGGGGAAAUCUGCUAAAGGGUCUGCGCCGAAGGCUGAUCCAUCAAGAAAUCCUCCAACCAAGAGGAAAACUUCGUAUAUGAGUCCCCCGAAUAGGCCAUCGGCAGAUAAAGCGGAUGAUUCUGAUGCUGCCACAGUUAUUCGAAGCGUUUCUGUUGGUAAAAAGAAGGUUACUUUUAAACACAUAGACCUCGAGGUUUUCAAGGUAAAGCAUGAGAUCGAGGAUUUCGACAUUAAGUUUUAUGCUCCCGAUGACGAUCUCACCUAUGAUUUGAGUAAGAAUUAUAAGUACGAUGACUUUCAUCUGCUGACAACCGUGGGGGCCUUCGAGGCUGGCCUUAUAUUGCCCCUGUAUAAGUCCGGUGACUCCUUUUAUUAA